AGGGAGGAAAAAAGGGCGUUUGUAAGUUGCUCUUGAGGUCCUGUUGCUUCUACGGUAGGGCUGCUGUAGCCUACAGUGGGUGUCACGCCCUCAGGCAGGUUAAGGGAGCGAGGGAAGAUACCCGACUUAAGACUGAUAAUAAGGAUGGGCCUCUUGUAUAAUUUGUGGGACACAGUAUGGACCUUCAUUACUUUAUAUGCCUUGGGAGCUUGGUAUCUGCUGAAGGAGCUCUUCUCAUCUCACAAAAAGCCUUCAGGAAUUUUGAAUCAAAGCGGGCGCGUAGCUAUUGUGACUGGCGGAGGGCGAGGCAUAGGUUUGGAAACUGUGCAGCAGUUUCUUGACCUGGAUAUGACAGUUAUUAUUGGUGGGAGAAAUGUGUCAGAGAUUGAGAAGGAUUUGUCAAAAAGGAGAGGCAGUAACAAAGACGUAGGGAAAGUCAUAUGCUUAGACCUAGAUUUGGCAAGUUUAACCUCCGUGAGAAGAUUUGCUGAGGCUUUUAAGGCUCUUCGACUUCCUUUACAUGUACUGGUUAAUAAUGCUGGCAUUAUGUUCUGGCCGCUGGAAAUAACGGAAGACGGCUUUGAGUCUCACUGGAGUGUAAAUUAUCUUGGGCAUUUCUUAUUGACCCAACUGUUGUGGCCAGUGUUGAAAGCCAGCUCUACUCCAGACAAACAUGCACGUGUUGUCAAUCUCUCGUCUUCGGUCCAUUACCUUGGUUCAAUAAAUUUUGAUGACAUCAACAGCAAAAACCAUUACAAUGCACAGACAGCUUAUGCUCAAAGCAAACUAGCUCAAUUGAUGUUUACCAAGGAAUUAGAUGAACGGAUUAGGGCAGCAGGAGAAAAUAUCACUGUUAAUGCAGUGCAUCCUGGAGUUGUGGCCACAGAUCUAUUCCAGCAUGUGGCCUGGGCACGAUACUUCCCAUGGUUGGCCAGAUCCUUUUUAAAGACUCCUAAACAAGGAUCAGAUACUGUGGUUUAUGCAGCACUUUCCCAGCUAGUACUUGAUGGUGGCCAUUAUUAUGAAAAUUGUACCAUAACCCGUCCAGCUGUCAUGAAACCCAAUGAUUUACGCCAUCUCUGGGAAAUCUCUUGUCAGCAGUGCAAAAUUGUUGACUUUGGUGGUUUGUAAAGAGAUAAGAUGAAGUGAAAAGUUUGUUAAUACUCUUUUAUAUAGAAAUGUGGUAUGGUUGAAAUUUAUUGUUUAUUUCGUAUUUUGUGUAUUGAUACAAAAAACUUAUGUGAUGUGAUAUAUUACCAAGUAAAUCCCAGAAGAGCAAGACACCUUGAGUAUAUUGCAUCUUCAAAACCUUGAUUGAACAUCAGCUUUUAAAAUAUGGUUGGUUAUUUUUGCAACACUGUAUUUAAUGAGUAUGGGCUAUGGUUAUGCA